AUGCGCCUUCUUGUCCGACCUGACCCCGAAGCGGCCUCCCGCUACGUGGCGGACUACAUUGUUGACCGCAUCAAUGCCUUUGCGCCGUCGGCCGAGCGGCCCUUUGUGCUCGGCCUGCCCACCGGCUCCAGCCCGCUGCUCAUCUACCGCUUCCUGGUCGCCGCCUACGCCGCCGGCCGCGUCUCCUUCCGCCACGUCGUGACGUUCAACAUGGACGAGUACGUGGCCCUGCCGCGCGACCACCCGCAGUCGUACCACAGCUUCAUGUUCGCCCACCUGUUCCGCCACAUCGACAUCCCGGCCGACCACGUGCGCAUCCUCGACGGCAACCCGCCCGGCGGCGACUACGCGGGCGAGUGCGCCCGCUACGAGGCGGCCAUCCGCGCCGUCGGCGGCAUCGAGCUGUUCCUGGGCGGCGUCGGCAGCGACGGCCACCUUGCCUUUAACGAGCCGGGGUCGUCGCUGGCGUCGCGCACGCGCAUCAAGUCGCUGGCGCCCGAGACGCGGCGGGCGAAUGCGCGCUUCUUUGGCGCGGACGCCGCCGCCGUGCCCCAGAUGGCCCUGACGGUCGGCGUGGCCACGGUGCUGGACGCGCGCGAGGUCGUGGUCAUCGCCACCGGGGCGCGCAAGGCGCUGGCGGUGCAGCAGGCGGUCGAGGGCGGCGUGAGCCACAUGUGCACGCUGAGCAGCCUGCAGCUGCACCCGCGCAGUCUGGUGGUGGUCGACGACGAGGCCACCGUGGAGUGCAAGGUGAAGACGAUCAACUACUUUCGCGGCGUCGAGCAGACGGUGCAGUUGGCGUCACAGCCCGGGCUGCCGCGGGCCGCACAGACGCCGCCGCGACUAGACACAGCGGUGGCCGCCAUGGCGGCCGAGAACGGCGAGCUGACCCCAGACAGCAUGUCCUCCCGCAUCGGCAGCCCCAAGAUGUUGGCUGUGCGCUCGGCCACGAUUCCGUUUGCGCUCAUGCGGCAGUGA